CUGAGAUCAAACCCCUCACACCUGGAGAUGAAUCUACCUGGGAAUAAACUAGCACACUCAGGAGGGAUAAUGGGUCUCAGGGUUAAGUGCUCGGUAUGUCCACAAACACCCGUACCGAUGUCCCUUCUAGUCUCAGCAUGUGACAGUGACUUUCUCACGCGGACUGACCAUCCACGUUUCAGACUGAGCUCGAGACGUCCCCGCGAGCUUCGACGCGUGCAGCCCUUCGCUCUCUCAUUCUGCUGAAACAGGCUCAUAAAGAUGCGCGUGCCGGAGUACCUCCUAUGGCCAUCGAUUGUCGUGCUAUUGUUGCCCGCGCUCCGGGGCGUGCAAGCAGGGAAGUGUCCUCGCGUCUGCGUGUGCGACAGCAAAAAGCUCACCAUAGCGUGCGUUGGGAAGAAUCUCACGCAGGUCCCGCCCACCAUCGAUGAGAUCACGGUGAAGCUGGACCUAAGGAGGAACGUACUUGGGGAGCUGGUGCGGGCUGCGUUCACAGACACACCGUACCUCACACACCUGGACCUGCGGCGCUGCAGGAUACACACCGUACGAGAGGGAGCCUUCAGGGGACUUGCCCGACUGGUUCAGCUCCACCUCACUUACAACGACAUUGACAUCCUCCACCAGGAGUCGUUUGACGGCCUGUCGUCUCUGAAGCACUUGUUUCUGGACCAUAACCGUAUUGAGGAGAUCAGGCCAGGAGCAUUUUCUCAGAUGGGCUCACUGAAGCUGCUGUCUCUCGCCCACAACCGGCUCAUCUACAUACCCAACAUGGGCUUCCAGGGGCUGCUGAACCUGCGGAUGCUGCGUUUGAGUCAUAACUCUCUGAAUAACCUUGACACGGAAGCCUUUGCUGGCCUGCUGUCUCUCACACGCCUCAGUCUGGAUCACAAUGAGUUGCAGUUCUUCCCCACUGCCACCAUGUCCAGACUGGUGGCACUGACUCACCUGGACUUCAGUUCUAACCCCAUGACAUACCUGGGUGAGAUGAGUGUGUCCAUGGCUAAGCUCACACACCUGUCGCUGGCUCAUAUGGCGCUGCAGGACCUGUCUGUGGCUGCGCUUUCUCUCUCUCCUCACCUGUCUCACCUCGACUUAAGCCAUAACCAGCUCCAUUACCUCCAGCCCCUCACGGGACCCAGCCAGCUCCGGAGCCUCAACCUGACCGCUAAUGCACUGUGGUGCACGUGUGUGCUACUGGAGCUGAGGGUGUGGGCACGAGCUGGAGAGAUCACGCUGCAUGGGACCUGCUCUAGCCCACCGCACCUCUCAGAUCAGCCACUAGAGGGAGUGCUGGAGCAGGAUCUGCGCUGCAGGCGACAGGAUGGAGUGAGGAGAGCAGAGGAGGAAGAGGAGGAGUGGGGUACACAGACAGUGGUCACGGCUGCACCAAAGAGGAAUGACAAGUGUCCUGAGAACUGUUUGUGUGAGCCUGAGGCUCAGCAUGUAUCCUGUGAAGAGCGCAGUCUAACUAAAGUCCCACGUGGAUUCCAUGCAAACACCCUCUUACUAGACAUGCGUGGCAACCACUUCCACUAUCUCCCUAGCAACAGUUUCCGUGAUGUGCCCAAGGUAGUGUCUCUGCACCUGGAUGGCUGUAAGAUCCAAGAGGUUUUGGAUGGAGCUUUCCGGGGCCUGAAGGAGCUCAUCUACUUGUACCUGUCCAACAAUGAGCUCUCCUCCCUGGGCUCAAGUGUGUUCGCUGGCACCCAGCAGCUCAUGUACCUCCACCUGGAUGGGAACAGACUCAGCCAGUUCCCCUCUGUGGCCAUGCUAGCGCACGUCCCAAAGCUACAGGAGUUGCACCUGGAGAGGAACCGUAUCACUAAACUGGAGCCCGCAGGACUUCUCUCACCAAUCCCCACCCUCCGAGGACUCUACCUGACCAAUAACAGCAUCUCCACUGCUGUUCCAAAGGCCUUGGAUCCUGCCUCAAACCUUGAGAUCCUACACCUGGGAGCCAAUGAGCUUGCAGAGGUGCCAAUUGAUGUGCUAGGCCAUGCCCCACGGCUGAUCGAGCUCUGCCUUUCAGGAAAUACGAUUCACUGGAUUGCACCAAAGGCAUUCCAGGAAGUGGGAGGGAGUCUAAUGCACUUGUACCUGGAUGGACAGGGACUGAAGAAGAUGAGCCAGGAAGCUCUGGCUGGGUUGGGUCCAGCUCUGCUGUCACUGUCUCUGGAGGGCAAUCAGCUAGAGAACCUACCUGACCUUUCACCCCUGACCGGACUAAGACAUCUUACUCUGUAUGGUAACCCUCUGAUGUGUGACUGCAGUCUUCUGCCACUGCACAGGUGGAUGGAACAGACUGGUGUCAACUUGUCUGCAGUUUGUGGGUAUCCUGCUGAGCUUCGCGGUCAGAAUGUGAUGGAGGUGGACGUCUUUAGAAACUGUACCACAGAGAAGCAUUACACUGCCACCAACUCCACCAACCUGCGAAAGACCGUACAGACAACCAAACCCAAGCCAAUGCUACCGAGUGCAGUCACAGGAAAUCCUCCUAAACGGAAACACAGACCCACCAAGACCAAACCACUGGUCAAACCAUCGAAAUCCGAUUCCACAAAAUCUGGGAAAUCAGAAUCAUCGCUAAAAAAGAACAAGAUUGUUCUGUAGGUCUGACUACAACAUACUCUUAAAGGUGUUCACUGAGUGUAGUCUGGUAGCCAGCUAAUAUGGCUGCUGUUAUAUCAAUGCAUUUUAAAAAGAAUAAACACUUUAAAAUUU